UUCGGUGUGAGGAGGAGGAGGAGGAGGAGGAGGAGGAGGAAGAGAAGGAUGUGAAGAUGGCGGAGCUGCAGAUGCUGCUGGAGGAGGAAAUCCCGGGGGGCCGCCGGGCCCUGUUCGAUAGUUACACCAACCUGGAGCGAGUGGCCGACUACUGCGAGAACAACUACAUCCAGUCAGCAGAUAAACAGCGAGCCCUAGAAGAAACCAAAGCCUAUACAACGCAGUCCUUAGCAAGUGUAGCCUAUCUGAUAAACACUUUGGCCAAUAAUGUCCUCCAAAUGUUGGAUAUCCAGGCAUCCCAGCUGCGUCGGAUGGAAUCUUCUAUCAACCACAUUUCCCAAAUUUUUUCCCACACUGAUGGGCAGCUAUCUGAGGUAGUGAUAUCCAGUACAAUCAACUCUCGAUUAUCUAUGACGGUUGAUAUUCAUAAAGAGAAAGUUGCAAGGAGAGAAAUUGGUAUUUUGACUACCAACAAAAAUACUUCCAGAACCCAUAAAAUUAUUGCUCCAGCCAACCUAGAACGACCAGUUCGUUACAUUAGAAAACCUAUUGACUAUACAAUUUUAGAUGAUAUUGGGCAUGGAGUAAAGUGGUUGCUUAGAUUUAAGGUGAGUACACAGAAUAUGAAGAUGGGUGGGCUGCCUCGUACAACACCACCUACUCAGAAACCACCCAGCCCACCAAUGUCAGGCAAAGGAACACUUGGGCGUCACUCCCCCUAUCGCACACUGGAGCCAGUGCGUCCUCCAGUGGUACCAAAUGAUUACGUACCUAGCCCAACACGUAAUAUGGCUCCCUCGCAGCAGAGCCCUGUGAGGACAGCUUCUGUGAAUCAAAGAAAUCGAACUUACAGCAGCAGUGGUAGUAGUGGAGGGAGCCAUCCGAGUAGCCGGAGCAGCAGUCGCGAGAACAGUGGAAGUGGUAGUGUGGGGGUUCCUAUAGCUGUCCCUACUCCAUCUCCUCCCAGUGUCUUUCCAGCCCCUGCUGGCUCAGCUGGCACUCCUCCCCUUCCUGCCACUUCUGCCCCUGCCCCUGCCCCUCUGGCUCCUGCUGCUGUCCCCUCUUCCACUGCCCCAGAUGGUGCUGCUGCGGGAGCUCAGCCCCUUGCUGAUGGCUUCACUUCUCCAACUCCCUCUGUUUCUUCCACUCCACCUACAGGUCACCCUGUUCAGUUCUACAGCAUGAACAGACCUGCUUCUCGGCAUACUCCCCCAACAAUAGGAGGCUCUUUGCCAUAUAGACGUCCUCCUUCUAUAACCUCACAGACAAGCCUUCAGAACCAGGUGAAUGGAGGACCUUUUUAUAGCCAGAAUCCAGCAUCUCUUGCUCCUCCUCCUCCAUCCAUCCUACAGGUAACUCCUCAGUUGCCUUUAAUGGGAUUUGUGGCCAGAGUCCAAGAAAAUAUUUCAGACACUCCUCCCCCUCCACCUCCUGCAGAAGAACCAGUCUUUGAUGAAUCCCCACCUCCACCUCCACCACCAGAAGAUUAUGAGGAGGAGGAGGCAGCUGUGGUAGAGUACAGCGAUCCCUAUGCUGAAGAGGAUCCUCCCUGGGCACCAAGGACCUAUUUAGAAAAAGUUGUUGCGAUUUAUGAUUACACAAAAGACAAAGAGGAUGAGCUCUCAUUUCAGGAAGGAGCUAUCAUUUAUGUCAUCAAGAAGAACGAUGAUGGUUGGUAUGAGGGAGUCAUGAAUGGAGUGACUGGGCUCUUCCCAGGGAAUUAUGUGGAGUCCAUCAUGCAUUAUUCUGAAUGAAGAUGGAUAAUGUUGUACCGGGAUGAAAAGGAACUGUUAGGGACUUUCUAGAUUUACACAAGGCUUUGGGGAAUACACUCAUGUGAACUCAUGGAUGAAGGAUAAGGAUAAUUGUAAUAAAACUACUUAUGUGUUUUGGCUCAAAAAUUAUAAAAAAGCAAGUUAGUGACCUAAGUAUGAACAAAUGGAUCUUCCGAUGGUUAGUAGUGGCUGUGCUGAGCUCUUUGAAGUAAAUAAGCUGACAUAUUCAUCUCUGGGUGUGUAGAGAAUGAAAUGAUCUAUAACUGAAACAAAGUCAAAGUAUGACUGAGGUAUGAUCUAGGAUCUUUCUCAGGAAUCCUGUCUAACCCAGAGUUUUUCUCCCUUGCUUUAGUGCUUGGCGUUAGAAAUGCCGAGAUGAUAAUAUCAUGGUGUUAACUUCAUGACCCAGUGAGCAUCUUAGUCACUUUUUUUCUUCCACCUGAAGAUGAAACAUCUGGAGAAUGUGUAUGAAAGUUCACAUAAAAAGCUUUCCAGGUCGUUACUUGUUUAAUGCAGUUAGAAUUUGCAGUUUUCUUAGCACUCUGUGGCGGAAGCAAGUGAAUGCAAAACUGAUUUUUUAUCUCAUUAUAACUGUCAGCCUGAAUCGUUUAGAUGAUGAAGUUUAGAAAGUGUUAGGGACUAACUGGUGCCACAAAUUUACUUUAGUGUUCUGAUGAAAACUACCUUGCCACCUGUGGCUUAUACAUCCAGACUACUUGUAACAAGGGUCAGUCAUCCCAUAGCACAGGGUAUAGUGAAAUGGAGAUUAUAUUUCCUUCAGGUUCUGAGGAUCAGGCCUGAAGAUUUUAAGUUAACAUUUGAAUGACAUAUAUGUUUUCAUUAGCAGUCAAGGUGAAAACUUUGUUCUGAACAUUAAAGCUUUGAGGAGAAAAACAUGACUUCAGAGCAGAUGUUUUCUUUUCAUUUUUCAGUAUGUAAAAAAAUCUUAUUAGUCUUAUUUGUAAAGAACAAGCAGUAUUUAGGUCUGUUGGCAAGUCUCCACAGUGGAAAUUAAAGGAGUGCUACUUUCUGUGAUCAUUAAAGACUAGCUUUUUCCUGUAUUACUAAGUUGCUUUCUCCUUAUACUCACAGAAAAUUUUAAAAAACAAAAAAGAACUAAGAACAAAAUCUUUGAUUCUCUUGUUCUCAAUUGGAAAAUAAGGUACCUGUUCCUAUUAAAGUAUUUUUUCACCUUAGAUUUAUCCAAGAUUAAAAUUGCAAUAAUGGAAUAAGCUUAGUAGGUCAAGUACUGGUGCUGCUAUGUUCGGUAAACCUUCUAGUGGAACUUCAACAGAGAUUGUAGCAGAAAUUAUUAACUCAUGUCCACAUGACAAAUAUAACUUUGGAGUUCAGCUCUCAGAUUUAGAAGAGCAAUAUAUUUUAACCUUCAUUUUUCCACAGAUUUAAGAAAUAUCUCCAAAGACCCAAAAUCCUUGUAGGGUAUGGUAAUCCUGAAUAAAAAUGAUCUACUAAGGGGACCACUUGAGUUCACCUUAUGCUAUUGACCCAGAUUCUAGAUACUCAGCCAAAAUUGAUUUAGGCCAGGUUAGGUCAGGGUGUGUGCACAGUGUUGAGAGGUCUUGUGCUAACAGAACAGCAAGGUUUAGUGUAUCUGAUUGACAGGUGGACAGGGUGUUAGCAUGGAGCUUUGACCACAAAGCUUCUUUAAAAUCUUAACUGAGGUCCAGCAAUAUGGUUCUUUUAUCAAAGACAAACAAACACAAACUCCACCCUGCCUCUUUUCCACAGUCAUUUAGUGAUCUUGUUUUCAGGUCUUCUAACAGCUGAGAGGCCUAUAUUAGUGAUUACCAGCUUACUCACCUGUGCCUGAGCACUUAUUAAGCAAAUUUGACCAAAAAUCUUUUUUUCCUCAACAUUAGUACUGGGUUAUCUCUUUGAGCCUUUUAUUUCCUUUUUAGAACCAGUCUGUGGCUGACUUAAGAUAAGCUAAGACUCUCUUUUACUGCCUGAAGUGGAUUGAUGUGCCUAGCCUCAUUUUUUGGGAGGGGGGAGGGAUGAGGUGGAGUGGUGGUGGUUAGUUAGUACUGGGUAUAUACCUUAGUUUAAAAAUAUGUUCCUUAAACUAUUUAUUCCCGGUAUCUACUCAUACCUGCUGGAUUUUCUGCUUCAGAGUGCUUUAGUGGGUUCGCAGACACAUUUUUGAAGUCCAAAAGGUAAUCUUGACAGCUCACCAAAUUCAGUUACAGAAACACAUGUCAGCUGAGCUACACUUUCAGAGAUAGAUAAGCUUAGGGUUUUCUCUAGGAAUGGAUUUUGCUUCUUGGACCAGUGCUUUCCUUGCUAUCUGCCGAUGACAUUUGUCAAGUUUUUCAUCUUGUAGCGUCACUGUGGAGGGAGUCCAUGGGUCAAUUGCUGCUGGUUUUUGCUCUAUUCAGUACUGAUGUGUAAAAAAAAAAAUUGUUGGAUUUCAUGCAUAUUUUUUAUUUUGUACAGUUUAAAAUUCUAUAGCUUGUCUAGGGAGGAUUCUAUGUGAUCAACACCCAGAGUAAUUGGAGAAUUUAAUGUAUGUAAUAUUUCAUAGACUGCAUGCUACUAAUAGUGAGGGUGCUGUUUCCAAUUUUACCAUUUGUAAGUUUUCCCCUUUUGUCCUAUUGAAAAAAGUAACUUUAAAAAAAGCUUGGAAAAACUUAAAAUUUGAGAAACAGCGCAGAAUGCUGCAGCAAAGAUGAUCCAAGUCCAAAAGCUACUGACCAGCCCUCAGCAACGUGGUCACUGGAGAUGAGGGGAAUGCUGUCAUGGUCCAUGAUGAAGUGCGUUCUAGGACCACAACCAAAACUAAACGCUUCCCUCUGGAAUCUUGUUUUCCUAGAUUAUAUUUUUACCUUCACCCUUUCUCUCCUCCCCCCCUCCCCCAUAGUAGCCCAGUAUUGCUGUUUCUCUUUUGGUAUUUCAUUUCCAUGGAGAUAUGAAUGAAAAUACACUUCCUUGUUCUAUGGCCUUAGGGUGAAGAUGACAUAAACUUUUAAAAAGUGCCAAUUGAGGAUGUUGCAAGGCUCAGCCUGCUGUUGGAUUGAUAAAGAUGAGCCUCCUCUUGUCUUGUUCAGCAGUGUUUUCCAUUGCUUGACUGUUUUCUUUCUACUUCUCUCAGUGGUCCUUGUUUCUGGCAAUUUAAGUUAGGGUAAGCAGGCAGCUGGUAUUGAUGCCAUGCUUCUGAGGGACUGAUUCUGUCACCAGGCAGAAGGAAGUAUCCCUGCCCCCUUCUGAUUUUGUUUAAUAAUUUAUCAGUUUCAUUCAUCCUUAUAAUGAUAGUAUUCAUGUAGCUGUGGUAGUAAUUUUUCAGUUAUUUCAUCAGUGGCUUACUACUUCCUGAAAAAAGAAAGCAACUUAAUGAGAUUUUUUUAGUUCUGGCGAGGUAGGAGAUUGUAUACUUUGUGUUUUAAACUUUUUAUUAUUCCAACACUUGCCUUCACAUUAGAAUACCUCUCCUAUUGUCCUUAACCACAUAUUUCUCUAGUGGAGAGAGCAUGUUGUGUCCUGAGCCUCACCAUGACACUAAAAACAGCCUUAUGUAGGGGGUAGCAGGCAAUCUCUAAGUAUUUAGGAAGGUAGGCAUUUAAUUUCCAUCAGUUUACACUUAAUUCACUGGCUGGGAAUUCCACCUUUACUGGUGUUAAGAGGGGGGAACAUCCCCAAAUGGGUUUACUUAGAUUCAUAAAAAUUAUUAGAGCCAGAAGGGACCUUAGGUCAUCUAGUUCAGCCCCCUCCUUUGACAGAUGGGGAAACUGAGGCCCAGGGACAUUAAGUGACUUGCUCAAGGUCCCACAGCUAGUUAGUGGUAGAGCCAGGACUAGAAUCAUGCCACCCAGUCCACUGGUCUUUCCACUAUACCAUGCUGUUUUGAUUAAAUAUGCUAUGUUUUCCUUUAAAACUGUGAGAACAUUGGAGUUCCACUUGAUGUCUUUAGGAAGAUACUUGAAAAAAGUAUGGCCAUGUUUUGAUAAAUGCCAUUAGAGUAUUAUUCAUAGUUCCUCUUUGAAUUAAUAAAUCAGUGUGCUGAGUGCAACCUUCAUUAGCAAGAUGGGAAUUUUAAAAAAUGGUACUUCAAUGUGAAUUGCUAUUUCGUACAACUAGUCUUCUCUCCUUGACAAGGCAUAUGUUGCAAACACGUUUUAUAUGGUAUUUUAGCAGUGGGAGGUGCACUGCACAGCAGUCUUAUAAGAAAGGCUUAUAAGGAGCCAUCCACUAAAGAGAUAUUGUGCUUGAUAGCUGAAGUUUAUUUUCUGCUAAUAUUUGCUCCUAUUUCUUAUUGAAACUUAUACAAUGGUAUGAAAAUUGACAAAUAUGACAGGGCCAACCUGUGUACAAAUGGAUUAUUUACACAAAUAAACCUUGCUAAAUAUCUUGAAACAUUUUUGUAAAAAAUAAAUAAAACACACAAAAGUGCUUAUUUUCACAUUAAAAUGGAAGUGUCUUUUGCAACUUCAGAAUUCUAUGGAAUAGCAGUUUCUACCAUACCUUGUGUCCAUGUACAUUUUUAAGAAACAACAGAAAAAUAUGGUUUACAAAUAGGAUGGCUGUGAUUUGUGCUCUGGCAGUGCUAACUAAUCCAAUUGAUGUACUCUUAGCUCCCAGAGAGAAGGUAGUUGGUGGCAGUGAGACAUUAUAAAUCAUGGAGGACUCUGGGGAGCAGCUUGUCUGCUACAAGUAAUGUUUAGUGUAUGUGUGCCAUUAAGCUGCCUCCAAAUGAGUGGGGAACAUCGAUCUUUUACAUUUUUUUUAGAUUGUACUUGGAAUUAACUGUUGCUGUGUAUUAAGAACUUGUUUUAAGUCCUAAAUAAAAACCCACAAAGCACAUA